CAAUAAUUAUUGGUAUUUGGUUUCAAAGCUCAGAUUCUCUCUCUUCAAAGCCGAACCAACAAAAGUCUCCAUUGAAAACAAUCAACCGUUUGUUCAUCAAAAUCUCAGCUCCCUCCUGAAUCCUUUCAGCUUCUUCUAAAACCUUCUUCCUCCUUUCGCUUCUCACCAGAUCUGUUUUUCUCCCAUGAAGAACACGAGGAGGAGGAAGAAGAAAUCUUCGCCGAAGAAGCUCGACGAGAAGAAGAAGGAACCUCUUCAAUCCGAAGAAGAGGAACAGCCACAACAACCAGAGGGCAACCAGAUCACCGUUUUGGACGAUCUCGUUAACUCUUUCAAUUUAUCAUCCAUGGAGGAAGAUCCCGAAAGGGCUUCGGAGAUCUUAAGGAAGAAGGGUUUGGUGUAUGAUCCUUCUUCGGUGUGCUCUUCAUCAACUUCGUCUUCGUCCUCCGGUGGCGGUGGCGGUGUUUCCGAUUUGGGUUCAACUUCGGGUUCCUCCGAAGGUUUUGUGGAUGUAGGUUAUGGUGAAGAUGUGGGGUGCUUCAAGGGAAAUAGUAGACAGAAGAAGAAGGUGAUUGCUGCUACUGGAACGGUUUCGACGGUUAUAGGGAAGGAAUAUGUGAGGAGGAACAAGAAUAAGAACAAAGGGUUUGAAAAUAACGGUGUUGUUGAUAAGGACAAGGCAGAACAGUUCCUUUGUUCAAUGCUUGGAAAUGAUUCUGACCUUAACUUAGGUGUUGUUAGGGAUGUUUUCUGUCAAUGUGGAUAUGAUAUUGAAAAGGCAUUGGAUGUAUUGCUUGAUUUAACUGCAUCCAUGAAUGAGCAACCGAGGAAUGACAAUGACAAUGACAAUAUUUAUGACAUGAGGUUCCUUGUUGGCCACAAGGACAAUUUGAUAGAUAGGAGAUCAGAGUGCACAUCUCUUUCAUCAGAAAGUGAAGUUUCUGAUAAUUUUUGGUCUCUGGGAUCUUUUAACAGGAAUUAUGCGGACGCCCUCACUAGUUCUAAAGCUAAUUCUCAUAUUAGCCCAGGAAUUACAAAGUCAGAACUUCCUCAAAAGGUGUUGGAGUCGUUAUUUAACAUUCCCAAAAGCUCUGAACAUGACAAAGGCACCAUGAAUUGGAGAAAUGUAGUAAAGAAAAUGCAGUCUUUGGGACCUGAGUUUGAUGUUUCUCCACAUGUUUCAGAAUCUCAGCAACCUACUUUUGCUAAAGGGGCUGAAUAUCAUGUGUUUAGAGAAGGUGCAAAGCAGCAUUGGGAUUCUGUGAAAUCUUAUUUUCAGAAAGCUUCAACAGCAUAUGCCAAAGGAGAUCGAUCAUAUGCUGCAUAUCUUUCUGACCAGGGUAAAGAACAAACUAAAAUAGCUCAGAAAGCAGAUACUAAGGCAAGCCAUGACAUAUUUAUAGCUAGAAACAAGGGUAUAGAGAAUGUUAUAACUAUUGAUUUGCAUGGGCAGCAUGUGAAACCGGCAAUGAGAAUGCUGAAACUUCACCUUCUGUUUGGAUCGUACGUUCCAUCUGUACAAACACUAAGGGUUAUCACGGGGUGUGGAUCGCAUGGUGUUGGAAAGUCGAAGCUGAAACAAUCAGUUGUAAACCUUUUACACAACGAGAGAAUGGAAUGGUGUGAAGAGAACCGUGGAACUUUGUUGAUUAAACUUAAUGGUUGGAGAGAGUUUAGCUUUCUGGACACUGACAGUGAUAGCGAUAGCAAUUAAUUUUCAGCAUGGUUGCAUAAGCUUUAAAGCUUUUAACCAGAGGCUUAUCGUCAACUUUUACUUUGUACCAAUAUUAGGUAAGUACACUGGCAAACAAAAAUUAAGUAAAUUAUAGAUGUGCAUUGACAUGUACAUUAUUAUUAUUAGGUGUCCCAUAGUUUGUGAGGGCAUAGAGAUUCUUGGCAUGUUUAGUGUUAUAUGAUGAAGCAGGACAUGUAGCUCUAAAAUUCUAAGUUGAGCCAGAAUUACAUUCUCAGAGUAGGCUAAUGACCUCAGAUGCUAUCACUGCUGUACAUAUUAAUAUGGAAAGAUAAUGUUUAAUGCUCAUGUUUCUAGAA